AUGGACUCACCCGACACACUCAAAGCUAGCUUCGCCGCGCUCCCAGAAGAACUUCAUCUAGAAAUCUACAGAUGGGACGCAAAUCGCAUGGUCCUCAAUACCGUUCCCAGGAUCAAACAUGUGCGUUGGAUGGCGACUGCAUACCAUUCUGGCACCAUUGGAGUCAGUCGGGAGAUCCAGCAAGCUGCUGGGGACGCGUUGUAUGCACUCGAUCGAGAGAAGGAAGCACACCUUGUAGUGCACUCGAAGGGCAUCAAGCAGUUGCCUCGCCUCUUACAACUACUCGCACAUACAUAUACCUGGGGCGAGCGCUGGUUUCAAGCCAAUACACCAAACGCGACAGAUUGUCAGCAACAUUGGGUGCGAGUCAAAAGGUCAACCUCGCAUGAUCUCAACGCACUACUUUACGAGUACCUUAAUCCCAGCCGUUAUAAGGAAAUUUUCAGCGAACUCGGAAAUUCAUCGCGAUCACCCACGCUUUCCGCACUGGUACGAGACUGGUUUAGUGAUAUUGCUACGAAAUGCAAUACUGCCACCCCAAUCUCCGUAGAUACAACGGAACGAUGUCUCCUAGUCAAAUUCUUGGAGAUGACAAUGGACAAACUACAAAACCCAAGCACGAGCGGAGAUCUUGAAAUAUCUAUCACCGUUCCCACAGCAAAUGCCACUUAUGCAGACCCCGACGGCCAGAACAGGGAGUUGUAUCUCGAACACUUGUUGGGAUACAUGUAUCAACUUUUCAAGACAUUCCGCACGCAUUUCCGAAUCAGAUUUCGGCUCCUUGCUGUUCUAAGCACUCCAGCAGACGAGUUGAUUUGGACACUGGUCGGUGACGAUUACGCCAAUUUCAUAGAGCCGGGCUAUCUCAUUGUGCAAAAGGGGGAUGCUGAUGAUUUUGAGGUAAAUUUUGGCAGCAUCACGCGUGUAGAGUACGAGGCACUAGACAUGGCUUGA